AUGGAGGAGUUGUUUAACAUGAAGUCUUUUUGUUCUUUCUUUUUGGUUUCCCUUUUGGGCUUCUUCCCUUUACUCUCUACUUUUGCUGUUGCUGAAACUCACUACCAUGAGUUCAUUGUGCAACCGAAGGCAGUGAAGAGGCUGUGCAAAGUCCACAACGUCAUAACGGUAAACGGGCAGUUCCCUGGCCCCACUCUAGCGGUCAGAGAUGGCGAUUCCCUUGUUAUCAAAGUUGUGAAUGCUGCCCGCUACAAUGUUUCUCUCCAUUGGCAUGGGAUAAGGCAGCUGAGGAAUCCAUGGGCAGAUGGACCAGAGUUUGUGACCCAAUGCUCCAUAAAGCCAGGGGGUAGCUACACCUACCGAUUCACCAUUGAGGAUCAAGAAGGAACUCUAUGGUGGCAUGCUCAUAGCAGAUGGCUUCGAGCCACCGUGUAUGGGGCUCUCAUUAUAUAUCCUAAGUUGGGUUCUCCAUAUCCUUUCAUAAUGCCCGAGAGAGAAGUUCCUCUUCUUCUUGGGGAAUGGUUUGAUAGAGAUCCGAUUAGUGUGUUGAGGCAAGCACUUUUCACUGGAGCGGCUCCUAAUGUCUCUGAUGCCUACACCAUUAAUGGCCAGCCCGGCGAUUUCUAUAUCUGCUCCAAAAAAGUUGAGACGGUGAGGUUGGCCGUGGAUUCUGGUGAGACGAUUCUUUUAAGAAUCAUAAAUUCAGCACUGAAUCAAGAACUAUUCUUCUCCAUCGCCAACCACCAGAUGACGGUGGUGGCAGUCGACGCAGCUUACACCAAACCAUUCGCAACAAACGUCAUUAUGAUCGGACCUGGACAAACCACCGACGUCCUCAUAACAGCCAACCAACCACCAGCCCACUACUACAUGGCUGCCACUGCCUACAACACCGCCAUCAACGCCGCCUUUGACAACACCACCACCACGGCUAUCCUCCAAUACAACAAUUGCCCACAACAACAAAAAAAACAACAAUCACAACCCAUUCUAGCCCAACUCCCAAAUUUCAACGACACCCCGACCGCCACCCGAUUCACCGACCAACUCCGAAGCCCGAAUCAAGUCAACGUCCCAACCCAAAUCGACGAAAACUUAUUCUUCACUGUCGGAUUAGGCCUCAACAACUGUACCAAUCCAAACAGCCCUCGCUGCCAAGGCCCCAACGGCACUCGGUUCACUGCCAGCAUUAACAACGUUUCCUUUGUUUUCCCAAAGUCCAAUUCCAUAAUGCAAGCCUAUUACCAAGGUGUUCCAGGCGUUUUCACCGCCGAUUUUCCGCCGGUUCCACCGCUGCAAUUUGAUUACACUGGGAAUGUGAGCAGAGGAUUGUGGCAGCCUAGCCGAGGGACUAAGGCUUAUAGGCUUAGAUAUGGUUCUAGUGUGCAGAUUGUGUUGCAAGAUACCAACAUUGUAACUACUGAAAAUCACCCCAUGCAUCUCCAUGGCUACCAUUUCUACGUCGUUGGUUCCGGUUUUGGGAAUUUUAACCCAGCCACAGAUCCAUCGAGGUUUAAUCUCGUCGAUCCACCGGUGAGAAACACCAUUGGAACGCCCACCGGCGGUUGGGUCGCAAUUCGUUUUAUUGCUGAUAAUCCAGGAGCUUGGUUGAUGCAUUGCCAUAUAGACUCUCACCUUGCUUGGGGAUUGGCCAUGGUUUUUCUAGUUGAGAAUGGCCAAGGAGAGAUGCAAUCUGUUCUUCCUCCACCGUUGGAUCUGCCUCCUUGUUAA